AUGGGACCUAAGAAAAAAAGUUCAGUUUGGCAGUUCUUUAACAAAAUUGAUGAUAAGAAAACGAAAUGCAAACUAUGUCAAAAGGAAAUUAAGUCUGCUGGAAAUACUACGAACUUAAUUGGGCACGUUCGUAAUGUUCAUAAGGCUGCUUAUCUUGAAAUUCAGCCAAAACAAAAUACAUUAAAUGCAGAAGAAAUAUCGAAUCCUCUAAAUACCAAGGUAACGCCUAACGAUAACAUUGAUGAUGGUUUACUUCAAUCUGAACCGAUUCCUAGUACAAGUGGCAGUGGCAAUAAAAGAUCCUGUGAGCCGUUACCGAAAACCGUAAAUGAAACUAUUGAUUUAGACUUAGAAGAAAACGUUACCCCUUUAAAACGCCAAAAAACAAUACAGGCCGCCUUUAAAGAUAUUUCUUCUUACUCAGAAUCUGGACAGAAGACAAGGAAACUGAACAACUCUGUUAUAGAAGAUCCCGUAGCGAAGGAGGUGCAAAAACUUGCUAUUAAUGAAAUAAAUAAAAGAAUGGGUUCUAUAGAACAUGUGAGUGCUCUUGCUAUCGCAAGUAUUCUAGAUCCACGGUUCAAAAGAAUACAUUUCAAUGAUGCAAUAGCUUGUUCGAAUGCUGUUUCGAAAAUUAAGGAUAUAAUGAAGAAGAAUUUGCAAAGCAAUGAAGAACCUGAGUCAGAUUCUGAUAAAUCUGAUAAAAAUGAAGAGGUCUUUUCAUUAUGGACUGAUCACCAUAAGUUAGUGCAUCGUAACUGGAAAAUUAACAAAUCUGAAGAUGUUUUGUCUGACGAACUUUCAGUUUAUCUCAGAAGUCCUGUUGGAAGACUGAACGAAAAUCCGUUAGAAAUCUGGAGGGAUUAUAAAAUACAAUUCCCGAAGCUGUACAAAAUAGCUUUCAAGUAUUUGACAAUAGUUGGCACGUCAGUACCUUCAGAAAGACUUUUUUCACAGGCAGGGCUAGUUUUGACUGAACGAAGGAACCGAUUGAAGGGGAAAAGAUUAAGUAAACUUUUAUUUUUACAUAGCAUUGACAAAAAAUAUUGGAAUAUG